CUAACCUGCAAAUGUCAGGGUGAAAGUUCCGUUAUGGUUAAGGGUGUUUGUUUUGUUCUGUUCGCCUUAAUGUUUUGUUGUGUUGCACGUUAAUUACCAGCUUAAUUAGCAAAUCGAUUACCAGGUUUAUUCAUGCCAGUCGUGUGGGUACAUGAUUCAAGCGUGGCUGCCAGUGAACAAAGAGGACAGUUGUAGCAUUACCAGAUCACACCUGUAGAGCUCUGACUACAUUAGGAAGAGACUUUGGGAAAUGGCGCAGAACAGCAAGCAGGAGAAGAGUACCUACGAGGCUAUCAACAAGAUAGGAAGAGGAGCGUACGGUACGGUGUAUAAAGCGAGGAACAAUGAGACUGGACAGGAGGUGGCCUUGAAGAAGGUCUGGAUUCCGCUGAAUGAGGACGGAAUCCCCAUGAACACGUUAAGAGAAAUCGCAUUGCUCAAACAACUGAACACCUUCAACCACCCGAAUAUCGUUAAACUGCUGGACAUUUGCCACGGCCAGCAACUGGGCAAAGACUUGAUGAUGUUCCUGGUGUUUGAGCAUGUCGAACAGGAUCUGGCCAUGUACAUCAGCAAACAGGCACAAGGAUUUUCCACUACGGAGAUUAGAAACCUCUCUAAGGAAAUCGUAAACGGCGUUGAUUUUUUGCAUAGCCAUCGGAUCGUUCACCGGGAUUUAAAGCCGCAAAACCUGCUGGUCACCAGCGACGGCCACAUUAAACUGUUAAAUCGACUAAAUUAUGUGAUCUGUCUGGAGUCUGGAUGGCUGCAGGUGUCUGGCAAUUACUGCCGCAUGUCUAUAUGA